AUGGCGACGUUCAAUCGGACUCACUACAAGAUAGCUGAUCUCUUGCGUCUUUUCGCAAUAGAUGAGCUAGUGUUGCAACCAAAAUUCCAACGACGGUUAGCAUGGGAAGAAGUGGCGCGAGCCUACCUAAUCGAUACAGUCGUUCGCGGUCUUCCCAUGCCCAAAAUAUAUCUCAGGGGAGUUGUUGCGAGUCCGACUCAGUUCCAAUAUGAGGUAGUUGAUGGGCAGCAGCGGCUCACAGCGAUAGUCGAUUUCUACAAUGGAACCCUCCGUCUAGACCCCAGGCACCAUCCUCAGUUUGGUGGCCUGACAUUCGUUGAAUUGCCAGAACCUGUUCAAGCUGCUUUUCUCAGCUAUGAGAUUUCUGCAGAAGUCAUGGAAGACGCAAGCGACCCAGAAGUAUGGGCUAUGUUCGAGAGACUAAAUGACUACACUUUAGUUCUCAACAGACAGGAAAAACUCAACGCUAGGUGGUUUGGGUGGUUCAAGCAAACCGCAUACAAUUUGGCGGCUGAAGGCCCGUCACUUGAAGCUUGGGAAAACAUGGGGAUAUUCAGCAGCCGGCAGAUAGCUAGAAUGAGAGAAGUUGAACUCACCUCUGAUAUUAUUGUAGCUGUUGUAAGAGGAAUCUCAGACAUCAGCAUGAUCGCCAAUGUUUACAAGGAUUACGACGACGAAUUCCAGAAUCGCGAAGCAGUGGAGCGGGUAUUCCGGAACGCCCUGCGAUCUAUUCAGGACCAGAUUGGUCCGAUUGUGCGCGCCACGAGGUUUCGGCGAAUCGCUUGGUUCUAUAGUUUGAUGGUAUCUACAUGUGACGUUCUUGAGGGCAUCCCUGCGGGCAUGGGACCCGGUAUACUGCAAACAGGAGAAUCAGUGUGCUCUAGGAUGCAAGAUCUUCACGAAGUGCUAAAAGCACCCGAGCCGCCUGAAGGUCUGGCAGAGUUGCAUGCAACUCUUUCGCGUGCUACCAGCCACGUUCGUGAACGCCGAAUACGGCACGAGCACUUCUACAAUUUAUUGACCCUUCCUGAUGGUGACUGGGAUCAUCGAUGGCAAGAACUGGGGGGUGCUGAGAUAAUGCUGGAUGCUGACGUACGGGAACGAAUCACGCGGGAAUACCGGACUCGCCCCAAUGAUACCGGGUCCACUGAGCUACAGGUUGCCAUACUUACCGAACGGAUUCGGCAGGUAACCGACCACCUUCGCACCCACAAGAAGGACUUCCACUCCCGCCGUGGCCUGGUCAGCAUGGUGUCGAAACGCCGCAGGCUACUUAAAUACCUCAGUAACGAAGACGUUAACCGUUACCAGACCCUGAUCAGCCGACUGGGACUACGCCGCUAG